AUGCCGAAGAGGACGACGCAUACAUACUCAAGCGAGGAUGCGGCUCCGGAAGGUCCAAAGUCGGAUCUGUUUGUUUAUUACUGCAAACACUGCGGUUGCCAUGUACUGAUCACUGACACCCAAUUGCAGAAAAUGCCUAGAAGAAAGACGGACAGAUCGUACGUGUUAGACAAGAGCAAACAUCUAGCUAGAUUCAACAUUGAGGAGGCUGGUAACGUUGUGUUAAAGCGAGGGGAAGGCAAAGUCGAGAAACAGUUCCGCAUGAAUUGUAUUGGCUGUGGUCUCUUUGUUUGCUAUCGUUCUCAACAUGAUUUGGAUUCUUCCACUUUUAUUUAUGUACUUGACAAAGCACUCAGUACUGUCGCUGCUGAAACCAACCCACAGGAUGCACCUGUUCCGCCUUGUAUUUCUCAUCUUGAAGGUGGACUUGUUCAACUUGCUAUUCAGGUUGAGGAUCGUGCUCACCGCUCCGCCAUCACAAGAGUCAAUGCCGAUGAUGUUCGUGUCUCUGUAGCUGCUCCCGCCGCACGUGGAGAAGCUAACUAUGAACUUUUGGAGUUUAUGGGGAAAGUUUUGGGUUUAAGAUUGAGUCAAAUGACUCUUCAGAGAGGAUGGAAUAAUAAGUCUAAGCUUCUUGUGGUGGAGGAUUUGACUGCUAGGCAAGUUUAUGAGAAACUUUUGGAGGCUGUGCAACCUUGA